AUGCCCUCAAGUGCCUCUGAAAUUGCUAGUCCUAAGUGGUGCCUUCGCCUAAACAAUCCAUACCCAGCUUAUGGUGAUGCCACUCCAUCAUCAGAGGCAACCACUGUCAUCCCUACCACCUCCGUAUUAAAGACCUGGCUCCACCAGCUGAUACAGCAGCGACCAUAUCUAACCGAGUAUAUCUCUUCCCUGAUUUCAACCUACGACGAACGAUAUUUCUCCUUGGAGAGACCUGUGGUAACAUGGGAUCUAUUCCGAAUUGCACUCAAAGGCGAAAAAUCGGGAACCACCUACUGUAUUCUUGAUGGGCUCCACGAACUUGAUGAUCGAAGUAUUGAGAAUCUGCUCUAUAUUUUCGACCGAGAAUUGCCGCGCGAAGAUUGCACGGAAGAUAGCCUGCCAAUCAAGGUACUUGUCACCAGUCGCGGCCAACCCACACGUGGUAAGUGGUCACAUAUCAAUCUUGAUGUACAUGUCGAUAAUAAAAAGCCACUCGACUCUGCUCAGCUUGGUACUGUUGAUGAUGUGGCGCCCAAAUUGAUGAUCAAAAUCGAUGACCAUCGCGAGUCGGAUGCGAAUCGAGACCUAUUGGCCCAUGUCGCUGCAUACCGACAACCUCCUACAAUAGAGCAGCUACAAUGGGUAUUGGAAGGAACAUACCAAGAGCUGAAGCAACGUCUUGAGUCGUGUCGACCUUCCAUUCACAUCACGCCAGCCAAGCUCGUGGUCUUCUGUAACUCCGAUACAUGGUUUCAGUAUUCUGCCUUGGAGAACAACACCAGUAUCCAUUCACGACUUGCGCACAAAUGCCUGGAAAUACUCAGCGCUGAACUCGCCUGCAUUGAUAUGGAGGUCUUGGAUUUUGACUACCAAGAUUGGAAGGACACGAUCCAACCCGACUUAGCCUACGCGAUUGAAUACUGGGCAGAGCACGUUGAAACCUCAGAGGAUUCAACAGAGUCGAUGCUGAACAAGCUUGUGACUACCUUUUCGCAGAACUGUCUGACAAUCAACAAAUGGUGGUCAUGUUAUGUCCAAAUGGUGCAUUGGAUCCCCCUCAGGGUCAUCUUGCAAUUUCCUCACACAACCAUUAUGAAUAUCUUUACAUACUUCGGCUUUCACGCGCUAUUCGAUAGAGCUCUCGAAAGCGAUAAAAAGGAGCAGCUCGAGAUGUCUCUAGAACAUUACGAUUGUUUUGAGCAGAAUCCGCUUAGCUAUGCCAUUUUAAAGGAUGAUGCUCAUAUGGUAAACGCUCUUCUCAACGCCGGCGUGUUAAUCGCCAAAAUACACGUAGCCUUCGCUGCAGGUUCAACAAUACAAAUAGCCAAAGCGGUCUACCAAAAGUACAAACUUGGAGAAUUUGGACAGGAACUGACAUACAACAUUCUAGGCCGGGCUACCAGAAGUGGGAAUAAUGAGCUACUUAGUAUUGCAAUUAACUUGUUGAUAAGCAAGAGUAAGGUCAGCUUCCUAUGGAGCGAUACAGAAUUCAUCAAAUGGGGGAUUGCUGUUGGCCGCUGGGACAUUGUCCAGACCCUAUUGCUGACGAUAACUCGGCCCGAGAACACCGUCGAAAAGAUCAUCUGCUAUGCUACAUUACGCCACGAGAAGACCAUUCUGAGAAAUCUCCUCAGCACGAGAAAAGUUGAUGAAGCCAUCCGCCAUCUGAAAAUCUCCAACAUCAGUGCUCUAUGCGGAGCCCUUGAAAACAAAUGCCCAGAGAUGGUCAAGCUCCUGAUAACGGACGAAAAUGUCUGCCUGAAGGAUAUACAGGGCAUGACGCCUCUACAGGUAGCAGUCGCAUAUCCCAACAUAGACACGCUGGUGCAACUCCUCGACAGACCCACAUUCACCAUCAACAAAGGCUCUGUUGACGGCGGCAUAGCACUUAACCUCGUCCUCCACAGCGUCGUCACAAAGAUCAAAAUCGAAUACCUUACGCUAAUCUUACAAAAGGGAGCAAGAAUACAAUACGAAAAUUUCGGGAUCACCGCACUCCACGUAGCCGCCGAAUUGGGCAGACCAGAAGUCAUGGAAGUCCUUUUAGAACAGCUAUCGGACGCAGAAGUCAAAGCCCAAAUCGACUUUCAGUGCAUAAGUGUCCAUAAGGAGCAAGAGAGGGAGGAUUUCACUGCGCUGGCGAUAGCGGCGAUGAAGGGCCAUGGCGAGAUUGUCAAGCUGCUACUAGGCAGAGGAGCGAAGAAGGAUAUCAAGAUACAAGGGAAGACAGCUGCGAAGUGGGCUAGUGAAGCAGGACAUGAAGACAUAGUCAAGCUAUUCCAAAGCAAAGCCAGUAAACGAAAAUAA